AUGGCGCCAAAGGGGAAAGACAAAGCUGCUGCGGGUGGUGCAGGAAAGGGAAAGGGCAAGGGGAAGGAUGCUAGCAAGGCCGACGACGACAAAGGAGGAGCGAAGGUCAAGGGCGCGCAGCAGAUCAACGUCCGCCAUAUCCUGUGCGAGAAGCACGCGCGGAAGGAAGAGGUCGUCGCUAAACUACGCGAUGGAGGCAAGUUCGACGAGGUAGCGAGGGAGAUGAGUGAGGACAAGGCGAGGGCUGGCGGUGCACUAGGCUGGAAACGACGAGGCGACCUCGACCCAAUCUUUGAGGCUGUGGCUUUUGAGCUCGAGGCCAGCACAGUGGGGAACCCGAAGUGGGGGGAGGCAAAGACGGGUUUUGGGUAUCAUGUAAUGAUGGUCGAGGGGAGGAAGUGA